AUGCAAAGCGCCUCCUCUAAGCUCCCUGCAGUUGCAGUCUCCUCUGAAGGCCUCUAUUCAACGAGGGGGCAGCAAUGGUUGCCGCCCUACCGGGAGCCCAUCACUCCAAGCGAGGCGGACAGUAGCCAAAGCUCAGACAACUCAAUUCCCUUCUCACGUACCCUCAAAGCUGCGGUUGAUCGACUUCUCGACGAAGGCACCAACACUCGCUACGUCGGCCUGCCAACGGUGGAUCAGAGCUCUGCCAGACACUGGCCCGCCCACCCAGCCAGCCGGUUGUUCGGGCGGCCGGAGAGCUCGGGUUCGUCGAGUCUGACGGAGAGUGAGAUGAGAGAGAAGAGCAGUAGCCUGAGCUCAGAGGAUGCCAGGCCCGAAUCCCCACUUGUGCCUGGGCGAGGCAGAGGUGCCGGGUCUUCGUGGGGUCUGGUGGACAGACCGGGACGAGAUGUGACGUCCGGUAGGACAGGACGGUGUAGACACGAGUUUGCGAUGCCAAAGUUCGGCUCGGUGACGGCUUGUUCUAUGCCUCAGAGACCGCAGAAGUGUGCAGGAAACGAGACCUGGGCGGAGCAUCGAAGCGAACAGGCGGCCUCGUCUAUGAUGCAACUGUUGAAGCUGCAUCUGAGGCAAGAUGUGAUGCAACGGACAAACUGUCUCAAACGGCGUCUCGGCAACUCGAUUCGCCCACAGCCGAUCGAGCCCACGAGUCCGAGAUGGCGAUCGUCGAGUCGACCGACAGAAGCUACCGUCUCGUCGCCUCAACUCGACCGAUCGUCGAUGAGGCAGAUGAGCCGGCCUAAUCCAACCUGUCGGCAAGAUCGACUCGUCGAGCCGAGGCCGGUCGGACCGCGGGCAACCGGUCUUCGCCGAACGCCGUGCAUCGGUCCUCGAUGCGGGCCAGCUCAAGAAACGACCUCUUCGGUCCGGCAACUUCAUGUGCGUCAUGGCGAAUCGCCGACCAAGAUGGACGUCACCAAAUCCGCCAAGACGACAGAAGAACUCGUCGCUAGCACCAACGCCCGGCCAAGGGGGGCACGAGUGAAGCCGACAGGAAGCUCGGUUUUAAGGUUACUCAAAAAGAUUGAGGACUCUCAAAGCAGCCAGUCAUGGCGAGCUCGUCUGCCCUCUGACGGACGAAUUGGGCCGACCAGCUCUCCCAUUAAAAACACAUCUUUCAAAGGCCGUGGUCUGGAAUUUCAGGCGAAUCAUUUGCCCACCCGAUGGGAGGACCGCAACCUCCGCGCAAAGUGGACCAGAGAGGCUGAGAGGAAAAGCAAGAUAGAGCCGGUGCGGGAGGGUAGGGAAGAUGAGGAUGUCCUGUCUGUGCGGCUGAGAGAGAACAGAAGAGAGACAAGGCAACGAGGCGAAAGACAAUGCAAGAGGGAACACAAAAGAAUGCGUCAAAAAGUGGAGAAGGAUAACAGAGAGAAGAUGAUACAAAGCAGAUUGUUGGCUGAGAAAGAAGAUGAUACAAGUCCGAUUUCUGAGACUAAACUCAAGGCGAUAGUACGGCCAGCUAGGAGAUCUCGUGUUGCCAUGGUGACCAAUUGUGCUGUUCAAGCGAGUAGCAUCAAUAAACCUGCCUAUAUGUACCAUCCAAAUGCAUUCGGUCUACCCGGAAUGACUGAUUUGCCCAGGAUCUCGGGCCGAGGCAGUGACAAAUGUUUGGGGGAAAAACUGCCCGUCUUAAUGAAAUCGGAAGGUGAGUUAAGAGAGGGGACCAGCAAAGACGGAUUCAUUAUCGCCCAAAUCCCACAAUGCUAUUAG